ACAAGAGCGAAAUCAACAACGUUUCUUUUCGACUGCCUGUUUUAGUCCAAAAUAAUCAGUUGAACGUGCAAGUUGUGGAUUAAGUUAUCGCGCACAAAUAAUAAAGCUAAAGAAAGGUACUAUUAUAUGUACUAAAUGUUCCGCUAUAUCAAAAUAUAUGAACCAUAAACAUUCUUACUUAAUGACAGUUACGUUAAAAAAUAAAUAUAUCAACAUGUUACCUCUUUAAGGAAUGACAACUGUUUUUCCACUAAUUUCGGCAGUAACAAAAUUUUUAGUAAAAGAAACAAACUGAAAGUUUAAUAAUAAGCAAAAUUUUGAAUGAAGCACAAAUAUUGAACUGAAGAAACCGAAAUAACUAUUACAGUAAACAUGAGUUUGUUUGCAAGAAGAUGUUCUAAUCGCAAGAAACUAUUGUUUAAAACAACUAAAAUUAUAUAUUACCAGAGAUAUUAUUAAGUAAUUUAGAAUAUUAACAUAAAACAAUCAUUAGUAGCUGUAAACUUGCAUUAAAAUUUAAGACUAUCUUUAAGGUAUAAAGAUAAAUUUCAUAAUCUAAAGUAAAACGAAUGAAAAACAAAAAUAAAAAAUUAACUAAGCCAACACGAAAAAAACACAAGACAUGAACAGAUAAAAUAACACAUCAAAUCACGCACAGAAUACGAGUAUUGAACAGCAGAAAACAAUCCUCACACACGAAACAAUAAAUUUUAAAACAAGAAAAAAACAAACAGGAAACCAAAAUAAACUGAGCAAACAGACAAAAUGGCACUGGGAAAAUCCAUUAAAAUGUACCUGACAAUUUUUGUAGCAACCACAUGCAUAUACAUGGUACUGUAUCAGUAUCACAUAUCACGACAACCCAUAACAUCACCCGAACUCUUAAAGAGCAAAGAUUCAAGUAAUUUAGUUGGAACUGAGAUAACAGCUGAAGAAACUGGAAACGUUAAACUUUUAAAAACAACAUCCUUUUUAAACAGAUAUAAUCUAUUCUUAUGGUCGCCAGUAUCAUUACUGACAAGUCAACAACGAAAGAUCUCUACAUCAUCAUUAUCUCAGGCACCGGGCGUAUCGGUGCCUGAAGUAUCAUUAACAUCUCAAGUAACAGACACAUCGAUAUCAUCAUUAGUAUCAUCUACAACAAUAAAAUUAUCGUUAACAUCAACAUCAACAUCAUCAUCAUCAUCAUCAUCAUUAUCGAAUACAAGCAUUUCAUCAACAACAUCAUCUACGGAUGAGAAACCUUCCAUUUUGAAUGUAGUAACACUUCAAAAUUUAGACAAUACGAAUAAUACUUUUGCAAAUAAUAAAAAUAGUAACAAUUAUAAUAUGUAUGUGAAUUUCGAAUCCAACAAGAACUUAAGAGCAAAAUUAAAAUUACAUUCAGAUACAAAUAACACUAAAAGUGCUACAAUAGCAACAUCAACUACUAAAAACGCUACGAUAACAUCAGGUAAAACCAUUGGAAAAUCAGCCAUUCAAUCCGCAGCCUCAACAACACGUACAAGAUUAACUACAGAAAUACGAACAAAAUCCACAAAAAUUACAAACUCCUUUGUACCGGAAGUAGUGCCCCCUCCUCCUUUAUACAUUAUUACGCCUACAUACCGCCGUCCGGAACAAUUAGCUGAGUUAACACGUCUCGGCUACACACUAAAGCAUAUUACCAACUUACUAUGGUUAGUAAUCGAAGACGCCAAUCAAACAUCACCAUUAGUACAACACACACUAAAUCGUAUUGGAGUCCCUUAUAUAUACCUGAUAGCUCCAAUGCCAGAAAAAUAUAAAAAGAAUAAAAAGGCAUUACCUCGGGGUGUGUCCAACCGUAAUCGUGGUCUGGAGUGGUUACGACAAAAUGCAACAGAGGGAGUUUUUUACUUCGCUGAUGAUGAUAACACCUAUGACAUAUCAAUAUUUGAAGAAAUGCGUUAUACAAAAAAGGUUUCCAUGUGGCCAGUAGGACUGGUAACAAAAUUCGGUGUGAGCAGCCCAAUUAUACGAAACGGUACAAUCUCUGGAUAUUAUGAUGGCUGGAUCGGUGGACGUAAAUAUCCCGUUGAUAUGGCUGGCUUCGCUGUUAGUGUGAAAUUUCUACAUGAACGUCCAACAGCGCAAAUGCCUUUUAAGCCGGGUUAUGAAGAAGAUGGUUUUCUCAAGAGUUUAUCACCAUUAAAUGUAACAGAAAUUGAAUUACUGGCAUCAAAUUGUACAGAGAUUUUAACAUGGCACACACAAACUAAAAAAAAUGAAAAUGCUGCACCUCUCAAUAUGACUAAAUACCGUGAUACAAAUCUAGUUAGCAUUCAUAAGCUAUUAGUGAGAAAAUAAAAAUCAACAAUUCUUAUUAAAGUUGUUGUAAAACAUUUAUAGUUAUUAAAUUAAUCAGAAUUACAUUUGUAUUAAAUAAAUUAAAUUUAAAUAAAAAACUCAAAUUUUGUAUACUCGUAAGUAAGCACCGAAACCAAAAAGCAAAUUUAUGGGGUACCAAAGAACAAGUGAAAAUCGUAUUUAUAUAUAUUAUAUUAUAUGCAUAUAUAUAUACAUAUACAUUUAAGUAGUAUUUAUUCUUAAUAUAUAAAUUAACUAAAACAUACAAAUUUUUAAAUUUAUUAAUUUUUAAGCCAAAUGUUUUCCGUAAUGAGUGAGCACUUAGUGUUUGAUGGCUAUAAAGAAUUGUACAGAUCUAAUAAAACCAUAUAGUAAUUGAAU